GGUCGUACCGAGAAGAAAAGCCAAUCGAGCGGAUCGUUACUGGCAGAAAAUCACGACUAUAAAACGUUUUCGACAGGUACCAACAGUCAGUUCCACACUCACCGUGCUCUGGAUCUCUCUGGAGCGGUUCUAAGGGUACUCGAGAAAAUUUUAAAGGAAAAACAUGUGUCGUCGGAGAUUGGGUAGUUUUCUGUUUCUUUGUGUUUUCGUUUAUACGCGACAAGUUUCCUGUACUGAAGGCGAAUCUCUGGAAAAUGAAAAGCCCAUGUAUAAGUACCGCUACCAAAGCGAAGCUUCCACCGUACCAAUCCGGGGUUACUCUGUGGAGGAGGGCGGCUACUACCCCGCCGAAACCGGAAUAAUCGGCUCCGUAGCUACAGCUCCCGGCUUCAUAGGAGGUGGAGGCGCAGGCCUAAUCGGCGGAGGCGCCGGUCUAGGCCUCCACGGAGGCGCCGGACUCAUCGGAGCUGGUCAGGGCCUAAUCGGUGCAGGCGGCGGUGGCCUGAUUGGUGCAGGCGGCGGAGGAGCUGGCCUGGGAUUGGCCGGAGCCGGUCUAGGGAUAGGAGGAGGGGGUAUCGGACUUGGAGGAGCUGGAAUCGGACUCGGAGGCGCCGGAUUAGGAGUGGGAGGCGGUGGAAUUGGUCUAGGAGGAGCCGGAUUGGGAGCUGGAGGUAUCGGACUCCACGGAGGUCUAGGGUACGGUGGUAUAGGAGGAGGCCAGUUUAUUGGAGGAGGCGGAAUCGGAGGAGGUGGAAUCGGAGCUGGAGGUAUAGGAAUUGGAGGAGGUGGCCUAUACGGAGCAGGUUAUGGUGGAUCAGCGGUAGGUCAUGAUCAAUACAGCAAAGGCCACAAAAAUUUGAACAAUGCCAAUUACGAAAAAGCCGGUGGAAGUCAAGGAGCUCAAUAUAACAAUGGAGGUGGAGGAUAUGUCAAUGGAAACUCCGGCAUAGUCGACAGCAAAGGCGAAAAAGGUUACUACCAGAACCUAGCAGGAGGAAACAACCUUGCCCAAGACGGAAAACACUACUCCGGGGGCCAGAACUACAACCAAAAGGGCAUAAACCAAGGCGAACACAAAGAGCAACAGGGUCACAAAAAGGGUCAUCGCAUUAAGGGAUACAAAUCCUCCCAUCAUAAGGACGAAUCGGGCAAGACAGAAGAAUUCUACGAUGAAGCUCAUGACGAAGGUAGCAAGAGCAAUGUUGCUGGACAAGCCGGAGCAUUCGGCAAGAAGGGAGAAUCCUCAUUUAAGGGGGCCCACGAGGAUGGCAAAUACAACAAGGCAGAAGUUGCAAAAUCUGGCCACAGCAACAAUGCGCACGAGUUAAAGAAAGAAAAUGGAGAAGUAGGCAAGUAUGGUCACAACAAACAUGGCCAACAGGGGUCUGUCUAUGGGCUGAACAAGGGAAUAGAUGCUCAGAGCUUGCUAGGACAUCAAGAGAAUUCAAAGUUCUACAAACACAACUCGGUACCAUUCUACAGCCACAUCUAGAUGCCAGCACCCAUUUGGAUUUAAAACUCGCAAACCUGAUUCACUCGUCCGAUAGUCAUUGUAUUUUAAGUAUUUAUUCCUUGUGUUAUAUUAUUUAUAUUUAUUUAUUAAGUUAGGUUUUAGUUUGUGUUUUAUAUAUUUUUGUAUCUUUUUUUUAAUCGACUCCGACGACGUUUCUGCAGAGACAUGGAAUUGUUCUAUUUCAUUUUUGUUAAAACAAAAAUAAAUGGUUGUACAUCCAG